UACGAGUCCAGAGAGUAAGGGUUCUCUUGCGGCCGCGCUCGCGUCACGGCGGCGCAGCAGAAUUCGAAGCUACGGUUUUCUCUCUUUCGUAGAUCCUUGGAGUUUCCUAUGGAGCUCGGUUGUUGAUCCAUUUCUAGGGUCUGGAUCGGUGUUUCCUCGGUUCGGCCUCCGACACCGAUGGCUACCGUCAACACUUUUGAUCUCCUGGCCGAUGACGACAACGACGAUCCUUCUCAUCUUAUCGCUGUCCGGCAACAGAAGGUUGCCUCCAAGAAGCCCCACGCACCCGCGGCUGUGCCGGCGACCAAAUUCCUGAACAAGCCCCUCCCUUCCGCUCAAGCAGGAAACGGGGACGUCAAUGGAUUUGCCAGGGGCUACGGUGGCGGUGUUUCUGAAGAGGGUGAUGGUGAUAAGCCCUCUGAAAGGGGGCGUGGAGGAUAUGGGGCGCAACGGCAGUAUUUUCGUGGUGGUCGACUUGGUGGAUAUGGCAAUAGUAACGGAGAAGGCGGGUCUGACUCCGAACGACCCCCACGUAGAAGAAGGUGGGAGCGGUCGGGGUUAUGAGAUGAAGCGUGAGGGCACAGGGCGUGCGAACUGGGGAACCAAGGAUGAUUAUUUGAUUGCACAGUUAUGAUUAAUCUUUUAUUACAAUAAUAUCAUCCAUCAAUGCUUGUUUAUGUAUUUGUGCUGAUCUGAGAAUAGUUGGAUUAGAGGGACCGAAGAAGAAGCAGACAUGGAUGGGAAGCUUGCAAAUUCUAAGGAAGAAUAGGAUGGUGGAACACAAACAGAGGUGAAUAAGGAAAGCAUGGAGGCCACAGCAAUUGAAACUGAUGAAAAAGAACCUGAAAGUAAGGGUUCCGACAAGGAUAUGGGAAGAAGAAAAGAUAGUGCUGAUCGGGAGGAGCGAGGCAAAAAGGUAUUGUAUUCUCUGAUAAAUAAGUUUGCUUUGAACGGAACCAAACCUAUGUGAUUUCCUGCUCUAGUCCGAGUAUCACAGAGUUUCUGAGACCAGCUGAAGAGGAAAGAUGCUACAGUCUUGGUGGUCAUGGCCAUGGCAAAGGCCAAGGUGAUCAUGGAGCGAUUUGGCGGUGCAACAGUAAGCCCCACUUAUGCUCCUUCCAUUGAGGAUCCUGGACAAUUCCCCACACUUGGGGGAAAGUAGAAUACUAGUAUGCCAAUGCCUUUUUCCCCACCCUUCUCUUGCAUCUCUUUCAAAAUUUUGUUUAUCUAACUUAGAAACUUGUCUGACUUCUUUCUUUUAAUUAUUCUGUUUAGAAAUUCUAUAUGGUUAAUACUCAGGUGGUAUAAUUUCUUGUACUUGCAGUGUUCUCUUUGACCACUAGUAUGAAGUAUGUGGUUAGAUAAAACUAGCAUUGGAAUAGUAGAAUCUGAUCCAAAACAUUGCAUUUCGUUGGAUCUCUUUGAAUCUUCCUGCUGCUGUUUGCAUUAUCUGAUCCAAAACAACCGUAUUCUGAUCUGAUACAAAUUUUCAAUUCAGCCAGAUAUGUUAUACAGAAAUGUGCUGUGGAAUUAGAUUUCUUCAGAAUAAUUAACAAACAACUGUGAUGAUCUAUAUAGCAUGCCCCUUCUUUGUCUUUACAUUGGUUCCACUCGAUGACAAGUAGGGGAACCAAUGUAUUCGUUUGAUGUCACUCACAGUCAUCCAUAAACCUGCCUUGAUCCUAUCCUACAGAUGACAUGAGCAGUUGACAUGACAGCUUUUGUGUGUGUAUAUAUAUAUAUAUAUAUAUAUAUAUAUAUAUAUAUAGAGGGAGAGAGAGAGAAGUGAACAAGUCCAAAUCGUGCCCAGCUUGCACGAUCCUCUCUCUCUCUCUCCCCUCGACUCGCUCCUCCAUCUUCCCUUAAAAGAGAGAGAGAGAGAGAGGGAGAGAAGCCAUGGAGCCGCACUGCCACCCUGCCCAGGGAUUGACACAGGAGGAGAUGGCAGAGCUGGAGCCGGUGAUCCGAGCGCACCACGCCUUCCCGCGUGCGCCGGGUACGUGCACCUCCCUCAUCACGCAGCGCAUCGACGCCCCGCUGUGCGCCGUGUGGCCCGUCGUCCGUAGCUUCGACCGGCCCGAGCGAUACAAGCACUUCAUCAAGAGCUGCCGCCUCGUCCGCGGCGAUGGUGGCGUCGGCAGCGUCCGGGAGGUCACCGUCGUGUCGGGCCUCCCGGCGUCCACCAGCGUCGAGCGGCUGGAGAUCCUGGACGACGACCGCCACGUCCUCAGCUUCUGCGUCAUGGGCGGGGAGCACCGGCUCAGGAACUACCGCUCCGUCACGUCGGUCACCGAGCUCCACCGGGAAGGUAAGGCCUACACCCUCGUCCUCGAGUCCUACGUUGUGGACAUCCCGGAGGGGAACACCGAGGAGGACACCAAGAUGUUCACCGACACCGUCGUCAAGCUCAACUUGCAGAAGCUCGCGGCGGUGGCCAUGGCCUCCUCGCGCGCUGAACCAUGCACUGCUUCAGGUCGGACUUGAUGACGCUAACAUGCACUGCGUCGGUUCCCUCUUUCAUAUGCUGCCUCUGUUGUUUCACUUGAACUCUUCGUAUCUUUAACCUUGGUGUUUGCUGUACUGUCGUUUGAGAUAAACCCCUAUGUUUCUUUC